AUGGCCUCAGAAGGCUCGUCUUCGACUGCGCACCCUGCGCCAGAGGCUGCUUCUGACCACCUGUCCAUAAACCUGCAGGUGCUGUCACCAUCGACCGCAGCGAACUCUAGCCGGCCCUUGGUGUUUCCUGGCCUUGCCGCCACCACGACGGUCAAGCAGCUCAAGGAAAAAAUCCGCCAAGCUCUUCCGCUGAAACCGAGCGAUUCUCAACAGCGACUGAUCUACCGCGGGCGUGUGCUACAGCCGGAUGGAGAGACUCUCCUUAGCGUCAUCGGUGAGGGAGUCAUCCGCACCACCGACCAGCAGACGAUUCACCUUGUGCUCCGAGAUGUGGCCGAACCCCAACCCUCCACGACCCCGACACCGUCAGUGGCUAGAGGAACAAGCCCGGCGCCACCGAAUGCUCAUUUUCAUCAGACGUUUGGUCAGCCUCACCACACACAUCACCAUGGCAGCCAGCCCACAGCGGCGGCCUUUACGAGACGAACUCCGCUGCAUCCGGCAGCAAACAAUCCCCUCCCAUUCGUCACGCCGUCCCAGAUACCCGCCAACCUGACGCCGCAGCAGCUCCAGCAGAUACAAGCGCAACAGCACCAGAGUAUGGCGGCGUGGAUGAACGGACUGCAACGCGAGGCAAUGAAUAGGGCCAUGGCGAAUCAGCAGAUCAACCAGAACCAAGCCAUGAGAGCCUCGAUGGGCAUGCAUGGUGCCGGCGAUACGGCCGGUGCGGCUCCAAACCCUGCCGAUCCCACGCGUGGACGGGUCAGCCCGCUCAACAAUCCAGACGUACAAACGUACGUAAGGGAGGGCCUGAUGCCGAAUGGCCAGCCGUACCGUGUGACGGUUAAUGAGACCUUCCUCGGCGGAUCGUUGAACGUCCAUCAACCCGGUGGUCAAAGUACCACUACGGCUUUGUCGGCUUUUGAUGUGCAAAACAUCCUCCGAGCUGCCGAUAGCACCCAGGCCACUCUGGCCUUGACAAACGCCAUGCAGAGAAGUGCCUCGAGCACUUCCCUCGCCAACGGCAGUUCUUCCGUGGGCGUUACAACCCCAUACUACCCGACACUCGGUUCGAGAGCCAGCAGCAGACGGCCCACGCCUGAUCCAACCGCGCGCUCGGCGAGUGGCGGUAGCGGACACUCUACGAAUGCUCAGCGACAGACGCAGUCUGGUCCAGAGGUUUACAUCCUAUCAUCGCCCCAGGGUCCUCGAGCCAUCCUGAUCAACAACGCGACGGACUCGUACUAUACCCCUUCUGCCAGGAGGCCGGCGCACACCACUUCGGCUCUUCAGCAGACGGCGUCGGCCCUGGCUAGAAUGAGAGCUCGCCCUCAGCACAUGGCCUGGCCGUCAGCUUUCGUGACUCCGCCGGCUCACCAAGAAGGGCCGCAGCCGGCCCAACAGGCUGAGGCUCAAGGCCCGGCCCAGCCUCAGCCGGAAGCGCAGCCAUUGCUUCAGCCCCAAGGGCAACCGCCGGUGGCCGCUGUGCCUGUCCAUCCUAACAACCCAGGCAUCGCUCCAUUGAUUGCGCAAGUGUGGCCGCACUUCUGGCUUGUCGUCAGGCUUGCCCUGUUUGUGUGGUGGUUCACCUCGCCCAAUGCCAGCUGGUCGAGAUGGUUCACUGUGGUAGUCAUUGCCGCCAGCAUCUUCAUCCUGAAUACGGGACUGCUCAACAACUAUUUCGACCAGGCUGUGGGACCGGUCAGACGCCAUAUGGAGAAUCUGAUCCCCCUUGCUGCUCCGAAUAACGCCAACGAACCUGUCCAUCCCCCCAACAACCAACCGGUUGUUGGGCCCAACGGUCAACCGGAUCCGACACGCGCUGCAGCCAGACUCGUGGCUCAGCGGAGACGCAAUAAUGCGAACUGGCUGAUGGAUCAGGCACGCCGGCUCGAGAGAGCAGGUCUUCUAUUUCUUGCUAGCAUCGCCCCAGGCGUUGCUGAACGGCACAUCGCUCAUCUUGAGGCUGAGGCACGCGCGGAACGACAGAGACAGGAGGAGGCAGAAGCUGCUGCCACAGCGGCCGCAGAGGCUGCAGAGGCUGCGGCAAACAGAGCGAACACUGAAACUCAAAACAACGACGAUACGACGGAGAAUGCAGGACACAAUGAAGCGGGGAACGGAAACGAGGCUCAGAGCGAGCCUCAUGAAGGAGGCCAGCGACCAGCAGAAGAACAGCAACCCCUGCUGGUGUAG